AUGGCUGAGUCAAAUGAGUCUUCUCAGUUUCUCCUCCAGCCUCUCACCUCGACGACAGCGACAAGACGAUCUCAUAAUGGUAACCACGAUAGCGACGACAAUGCUCGUAAUCGCGCCUACGACACAGACGAGACACAUGGAGAUGUUUCUUUCGUGACAACUGGAAUUGGCGGAAACGACAACCAUAGUGCACCAUCCCCUAAAGCUACUGGCCUGCUCAUCCGAGACACGACCACCAAGGACAUCAACAAGUCACCUUCACAGCGCCGUCAACAGAAAGGCAACAUCUUUUUAAUAUGGAGCCUAGAGUUGAUUCUCCUACUACUGGCUGUUGGGCUAUUGGCCUCCAUCUACGGCAUCUUGAGCGCGUACAGCGACGAUGAAGUGCCCAACUGGGAUGGCAACAACAACGGUACUGGUGGCGCAGGCAUCACGCUCAACGCCCUCGUCGCCAUCAUUGCCACCAUCUUCCGUGCUAUUCUGGCAUUUGUUGCGCUGCAAGUACUGGCCCAGUUGAAAUGGGACUGGGUAUCUGGACGCUUCAGGCCGAUGGGCGACGUGCAGCGCUUCGACGAUGCUUCACGCGGCGCGUGGGGGUCACUGCAACUGCUACCGCUCGUGGCUUUACAUCAACCGCUGGCCGUGGUCGCCGUCAUUGUAGUUGUCGUGUCUCUAGCUGUCGGACCCAUGACGCAGCAGACAAUGCAGACCUACUAUUGCGCCCGCGUCGUCGAGGGACGUCCUGCUGCUAUUUCUGUGGCUAACCGCAUCGACGAGUCUCUCUAUUUUCAGGAGCGCCCAUCCGCAUUCUCCCUCCACGUUGGCUUACAGUCGGCUAUGCAAGACUCCAUCGUGAACCCAUCCAACGACUCCAACAUUGCUGCGCUCUUCACCUGCCCCUCCGGCAAUUGCACCUUUACUUCCUACGCCGACCAUCCAGGGCAGCCUGAAAAUGACAAGGUCUCUCACGCCAGUCUAGGCAUGUGCAGCCGCUGUGAAGAUGUCUCGGAGCUGGUCGAGAGAGUUGUCUACGUGCCUCGUCCGAAAACUGAGCAGAUCACUGUCAGCCUGCUUGUAUCAAGCGCUGCCAACUCAGGCAACUACACAGAACGGCUCGAAAUUAAGACAGGGAACCCUGCCACCUCAGGCACUCAAUACCUCAGUGCUGGCCUCACAGGCAAUCUCACCUGGGCGCGCAAGGUGGUGCCGCGCGAGUUUGUCAAUACUGCUCGCUGGUCGGCUGCUAACUUCACCAUACUCGCCUUUUCACAAGAGCACUGCAAAACCUUGGACAAUGGCACUGUCUCAUGUCCUCUGAGCUCAAGCAACAGCUCAGAUGCCACAGCCUGGGACCAGCCCACAGAUUACAUUGCGGCCACUUGUAUCAUGUACCCCUGUGUCAAGCACUACGCGGGACAAGUCAAAAAUGGUGCCCUUGAAGAGAGAGUAGUCAAGAACACACCGCUUCGUCUGCAGAAGUCUGAGCCGCUCUGGGAUGGCGGCGAGACGCUCCCCCAGACGUUUAUGCGAGGCGUCCAAACACCGUGCCUGGUCAACGGAACACUCUACACCUCGUCGAAUAUGACAUCUGCUUCUGAGAAACUGCCAUCAUCUGCCAGACAAACCGUGUCGGUACUUUCAAAAGACUGGGCUACCGAGGAUCUUGACGCUCCAUCUGAGUACGCAAAUGUCACGGCGCCUCAGGAGUGCGUGGCAUCGCUUUGGCCGGCCUUUAUCCUGGCCUUUCAGCGAGAGCUGGCGGGAACCUUUGAUGCUUACUGCAGACCACAAGGGUUCCAGACAGCAUACGUCGCUUGCUUCGGUAGAUAUGGCGGAAACUCGUUGGCCAUGGCCGCUAUUCUACGCUCUCGCACUACCAAUCUCGAUUCGAUUAGAGAGAACAUCGACUCUAUGGCCAUGAGAAUCACCACUGAAAUGCGCCGCGCUGGCUGGGGCCCAUAUGCAAUGGCCAGCACAGCCUCCAAAGGUGAUGCUUGGGAGAAUCGGACGUGUCUCCACGUGGCAUGGGCCUGGUUUGCCCUGCCUUUGGCUCUCUUGGUGCUGUGCAUCGUAAUGAUAUCUUGGAUCAUUGUGAAAGAGUUGCUGAACAGGAAUACCGGGGUGAUGUGGAAGAGCUCAGUGCUGCCGUUCUUGCUCAAGGACCAAGUUCCGGCGAUAGAGACGAUGAGCAUGAGGGAGGUGGAUGCAGCGGCCAAGGACCUAGAGGUGAAGCUACAAAAGCAAGAGUAG